AGAACCGAAAAGCAAUAACAUAUCUACGUUCAGAGAAGGCAAGAGAAGCCACAUUCACCGUAUGGCCUUUCAGCAGCAGGCAGCCCUGUAGUAUCAAAAAGAUGGCAGAGGCGGGAUUCGUGUUCACUGGAUCGUACAAGGAUCCCGAUUCAGUGCAAUGCUGUUUCUGUACGAAGCAACUGAAUAACUGGGAAGCCAAUGAUGAGCCCUGGUCGGAACAUUUGAAGCACUCGCCCCAGUGUCAGUUUGCUCUAAUGCAAAAGCCGCAGGAUUUAUGGACAGUUGGCGAGUUAAUCAAGGUUAUUGAAGAGUAUUGUUGCAAUGAGGUCAACCGGAAAUAUGAAGAACUCGAAGCGGAGGCGAAGGAACAUUAUGAAAAAAUGAGAGAAAUGAUAAGGUCCUGAUUUGCGUGGUAUUUAUACACACAAUACAAUUAUUUAAAAAACGUA